AGAAAUAUUUGAAAACUAAACAAAACUCAAUAAAAAUAUCAAAAAAAUUGCUGAAUGAAAUGCCUGAUUCUUGUGUAUCAAGCAAUGAAUAUCCCUCAAUCUUGACUUCUGAUAAUUCGAAAAUCAAUGCAAAUUGUAGAUGUGUGUCAAGAGACAGUAGCUCUGAAAAUUCAUCAGAAUUCCAAUUUCCACGAUCUGAAAAAAAACAUUAUCUAAACUAUGAAAAAUUUAAAGCGAUCCUUCAGCAAUCGAGUACCAAAAGUGGAGACAAUCUGUAUGACCAUUUAGUUGCAAUUAUAAAACGUAUAAUCGAUGAACGUCCAAUAAAUGUCAUCGAUUAUUUUGAACAGUUCAGUCGCAAUGUUCGAAUUACGACACUUCAUGGUCUUGAUUAUCUUGAAAAACCUCAAUUUAUUAAACUGGCUAAAUCAGUGAUAGAAUUUAUGAAGAUUAAAGAUUCGAAAGACUCAAUAAGUUAUCUUGAGGAAUUUGAAGAUAUUGCUGAAUCGGAAAUGACAAUGUAUCAAUCAUCUGAUUCGAUACAACAGUUUUUAAAAAUCCAACGGUCUUUGUUGGAUUGUGAAAAUGUUCUCCAAAUUCAGCAAUUCUUUGCAUUUUGUGGCUUAGGUUUUGAUAUAGAUGAAGUCUUUCAAUUAGCUUUGUCAGUGCAAAAAGUUCAACAACUACCGUAUGUUAAAAAUGCUCGUUUUUGGGGACGAAUUUUCGGUCUUCGAGCAUCUUACUUUGUUGUGGAAGCUGAGCUCACCAGAACUGAAAUUCAAAAUCGGUUAAAAGCUAUGAAAUCAAGAUUAUUAGAUGAAAUGAAAUCUUUUAUCACUGAGAGGGAACGUGAUCAAACAAAAUCUUUCUCAGAUGAAGAACUUAUUCCUGGUUCCAAAUGGAAAGAGGUUCUUACAGAAGAAGAAUUAAAGAAAAUGCAACAUCCUAUUGAACCAAUACCGAGACUUUAUUUUCAAAAAUUCUUUAAUGAACUCAAAGAACCAGUUGGAUCGGGGUUAAAUAGAAAAACUUAUUUUGUAACAACUUCUUUGAGUACAGACUGGCAAGAGCUUCCUAGCGUAGCUCCAAGUCAUAUAAAAACUUCGAAAAUUAUUAAAAAAUACUUCACUGGAGAUCUGAAUUUGAACCUAAGACCCUCGUUUCCGGGAAGUGAAAAACAUUAUCUAAGAGCAAUGAUUGCAAGAAUUUCAGCAGGGUCUUUAAUCGCCCCGAAAGGUUUUUACAGAAGAUUGACCAGAAGAGAGAGAAGAAUGAUGGAGGAAAACUAUGAUUUGGGUGAAGAGGAAUUUGAUUCAGAUGAAGAGGAUGAUGAUAUUGGUAAUGAUGAUUUGAUAACUCAAAACUAUGACUACGAACAGCUUUCUUUGGAAGAACUAACUCUACUAACUAAUUGGGUGCACUUUAGACCCAAUAUUCUAAACCAGGGUCGUAUCGUUCAUAUGAAUGAAAAGUUAGCCAUCAAAGAUCUGGAAAAGGAAGUUAUUUUGAGCAUGAAAAAUGGCAAUGAUUCUGCUUGGGAAGAUAAUGAAGAGAAUGAAUUGGAGGAAGAAGAAAAUCAAGAAGAAGAAGAUCAGGGGGAAGACAUUUUGCCAGAGGAAACAGGACCUGAACUUUUUUCAUCCUGUGACGAAGAUCAAAACAAUGAAGCAAUUCCUUCGUGGACAUUUCGUUACUCUAGCGUAUAUAAUAAAUUAAACCAAAUGAUUAUAAUGCGUUCGAACUUAUGGCCCGGUGCUUAUUCAAUUGCAUUUGAAAAUGUCUCUGAUUGCAUUUAUCUUGGAUGGGGUUUUAAAUAUAUUCCUCGAUGUACUUCAUUGCAACAACUUCCGAUUAUUCAAGAUUUCGAUUUUAGAGAUGAUGCUAAAGAAGAAAAUGACCCAUCUGUUGAAAUGGAAGAAAAGUGGAGAGCAUAUCACAUGAAGAAGAUUCUUUCCAAACAUAAUUACGAAGAAAUGAGUGAUGUAAGCGCAGAGGUUGAUUUUGAUGAUGAUGAAGUUUAAUAUAUAUACAAUUAUUCAAGAAUAUUAAAAGAAUUAAAAC